CCAUCCCUUCCAUAACGUCAACACCUUCGCUUAGCUGUCUCCCUAUUUAAAUUCUCUACAUGCAACAUCCCAUUAAAUAAAAAUAAAAGAAAAACAAAACCCACAAAAAAUCAAUAUUUUCUGGGUUUUGUUAUUUAUUUAAAUUCAAGAAUAUGGAGAGAGCCUCUUCUUCCUCCUCCAAGUCAUCAUCAUCAUCCAUGGCUUCUUGUUCUUCUGAUCAGUCUCUUUCCAUCUUUUCCGAUCAAACCUCGUCUUAUCUGACGUCAUCCAUGCUUUCCCGCACGUCAUCAUCAUCUUCCUCCGCCGUGGGAGACUACAUCGGGACAGAGAGCUGCUUCGACGUCCUCUCCGCCGACGAAGUAAACGACGUAUUCUCCUCCUCCGAGUUUAUGAACCGGUAUCGUUACGGAGGAAGGAGGAGAGAGGAGAGAGCAGCUAGAGCCGCGGCGGCGCGUGAGUUUCCCCCGCCGAUAACGUUGCUUGCUCAGACGGAGAAUCUUCUCCCGCACAUGCCGUGGGUUUUGAAGCGUGUGUUGACGAGCGACGGGAGGCUUAUCCUGAGAGAAGAGAAGGUGCGUCAUCACGAGUACUUCCGUGCGCAUAGAUCUAAUGGACGUCUCACUCUCGACCUUGUUCCUCUAGACGAUGACGUUUUUGCACUUCCUCAAGAGCCCUCUCAUUACCAAUCUGAUGAUGAUAAUGAUAAUGAUCACGAUGAUGAUGAGAAUGAUCAGUGUGAUGAUCAUCAACACGAGGUGGGGGAUGAUUUGGAUGAUCUGGCGGAUAAUGUUGAUAAGAGUGUCAUUAUUACUGCCACUGACGAUGACGAUAGUGUUAUCCAUAAUUGUGAUCAUUAUAAGGGCAAUGUGCAUGGUGGUAGUGAAGAUGGAUAUAGGAAAGCUAUAUUAGCGGCGGUGGCGGAUGAGACGGUGGUGGAGAGCGGAGGAGGAGGAUCGCCGAGAGGAAAGUGUUUGAAGUCUUGUUUUGUUGGUAUGAUAGUUCGAGAGAUCAGACCAGUUCUUCUUAGUUGAUUGCCCUGUUCUAAAAAUCGGCCGCUUAUUAGACGCCUGGACGCUACUCUUCCGUCCCGAUUUAUGCCGAAUCGGUUUAAAAAAUUGGAUAUCCGAUUUUCUUCGCCUAGACCACCUAAAUGACCGCCUA